AUAUAUAUUUAUAAAGACAGAAAAACUACGCCCCUUUUUCCCAUACGCAAGUACGCAGUUAAGGAAUGAAAUUUCUGUGAGAAAGGAACAAAUGGAAUGGAAACGGGGCACUGUUUACAGUUCCGAUCGGACAUGCCGGAAUACAAGAAGCUUGAGGACCAAGAGCCAGAUGUGGAGAAUGCCACUUGCACUGUCCAGAACACUGCUCCCGUUCAGGACGCCGGGGAGGGACAGAGGCCGGCGGCAAACCAGCAAGCGGGACAAAUGGUGACGGUGUCCUUGUUCAUGCUUCUUUUCCUUGGCAGCUCCUACUUCCAGCCGCGGCCACGACUGCAUCAAUACAAAGGGGGUAGGGGUCAUGGUCUGCAGGAGAAGUUUGACUGCAACAUACAACUGGUAGAAUCCAUACCCAUUGGACUAACAUAUCCCGACGGCAGUCCGCGGUUCCUGAGCACCUACGAAGCUUGGCUGAAGUUAUUGGAGGGCGCAAAGACCUCACUAGACAUAGCUUCCUUCUAUUGGACACUGAAGGCCGAGGAUACGCCCGGGGUGUCCGAUAACAGCACUCGGCCGGGCGAGGAUGUCUUCUCAAGACUCUUAGCCAACGGAAAUGGCGGAAGCAGGUCGCCCAGGAUCAAAAUUCGCAUUGCCCAGAGCGAACCCUCUAGUGUGUCACCCAAUUUGAACACAAAGUUGUUAGCCAGCGCUGGUGCUGCCGAAGUUGUGAGCAUCUCGUUUCCUAAGUACUUUGGCAGUGGAGUGCUUCACACCAAGCUGUGGGUGGUUGACAACCAGCACUUUUAUCUGGGCAGCGCCAAUAUGGAUUGGCGGGCACUGACCCAAGUCAAGGAGAUGGGCGUGCUAGUCCAGAACUGCCCAAGACUGACCAAUGAUGUGGCCAAGAUCUUUGGAGAGUACUGGUACCUAGGCAACAGUGAAAGUUCUCGCAUUCCCAACUGGGACUGGAAUUACUCGACCGGCUACAAUUUGAAACAGCCCAUGCAGCUGCGUGUAAACACAAAUAUUACUAUGGAGGGCUUCCUAUCUAGCUCACCCCCUCCCCUUUCAGCCUCGGGACGAACAAACGACCUGGACGCUAUCCUUAACACUAUUAACUCAGCCAUAACUUACGUAAAUAUUGCGGUUAUGGACUAUUAUCCACUGAUCAUUUACGAAAAGAAUCACCACUAUUGGCCGUUUAUUGACGACGCUCUGCGAAAGGCAGCUGUAGACCGGGGCGUGGCUGUGAAGCUCCUUAUUUCGUGGUGGAAGCACUCCAAUCCCAGUGAGGACCGGUAUCUCAGGUCACUGCAGGACUUGGCUUCCAAAGAAGACAAAAUUGAUAUACAAAUACGUCGAUUUAUAGUGCCGACUGAUGCGAGCCAGGAAAAGAUUCCCUUUGGUCGUGUGAAUCACAACAAGUAUAUGGUUACAGAUCGAGUGGCUUACAUCGGAACUUCCAACUGGAGUGGAGACUACUUUACGGACACCGCUGGUAUUGGCCUGGUGCUAAGUGAAACCCUUGAGACCGAGUCCACUAAUACCCUUAGAAGCGAUCUGCGAAAUGUUUUCGAGCGAGACUGGAAUAGCAAGUACGCCACACCGCUGGGAUAAUCAC